AUGGUUUCCGUACGUAUCUGGCGAAAGCUGCGCCUCCUGUGUACUUUGUUAGUAGCCCUUCACUUCACAGCGCUAUUUAUUGGGUCUCAAAAUAUAGAUUUAUGCUCGACACCCGUUUUGGGCCAAACAGUAUGGUUCGAACAGGUUGCUUGUCCAUGGUGGGACGCCCAUGUGGAGCCUCAUCGCAAAGAGUUGGCCAGACCUCUGGCACUUCAAUGGCAGGCAAAAGAGCAGGAUUUGAAGUAUCAUGUUGAAAGCUUUUCUCAAAGACUCACGAGUUCGGGGAAAAAGCAUGUACUACCUUGCAUCCGCAGAUGGACUCAUGUCGCUUGCAUCAAAAGUCACUUAUACUACAAUGUCUACGUGCUACCUCACGUCAAACAUGUACGCUAUAAAUGCCAGCUUUGGCUGCAGUCGGAUGGAAACGUUGCCAAGCACACACUCAGCACGUUAGAUCAUAUGUCCAGCGCGUGCUCAAAGGCUAAGGCCCUGGCCCACCGAAUCGGCAAUGAUUUGAACCCUCAUAUCUCGAACGCUACAAAGUAUGCAAAAGGCCUCAUUUCUCAAAUGGCGGACUUGGCUAGUGAAGGUAGGGCCUACAUGCAAAGAGAAGUCACCAAGUACAUGCACAAGAGCGACGAAGGUAGUCAAGCUGCUGAGGAAUCGCUGUACUAUGACGCCGAAAAUGGCGAGGAACAAGUGGGAAAGGAUGACGAAGAGGAGUACGACGAAGACGAAGACGAAGAAGAAGAGACAUUAUAUCUGACGUCUACUAUUGUGGAAACAGUCACUCUUUCCGAUAAUCAGCUAGCGGCACCUACUUCCGAUUCUGGCGCUGAUGCAGCUCUGGAAGUGCCUCUGCGGGACCUUGUUCAGGACGAGUUUCAAGCUUGGUCGAAUACCGUAAAGCAGAAAGCCUUGAAUACGGAAGGGCAAUUCGAUGUCGAAAUCGAGGCUCUAAAAAGGGACAAACUGGAUGUGUUCCGUCCUCGCAUUACCGCCUUAUUGCAAGAUAUUUCCAACAGCACCCAACAACACUACCGCAUCAUCAACAAGGCCAUCUUGGAUGUUAAUUGUACUAUGGAGCACCACCCGGAAACCGGCGAACAGAUAUACUUCAACCGCGAGGGAACACAGUUACGCAAGUAUGUGACUCGACCAUUGAUGCGCGAGUUCUUUUCACAGGCACACACUCAUGUGGAUGUGGCCCUAGAAGAGGUACGUGCUUUGUUGGAAUCCUUUAUUGAAGAAGUGAAUGCUGAAGUAGACCAACUUCGGCAAGAGCACCUAGAAGUGUAUGAAGAGUGGGGAGACGUUAUGGUCAGCGAAUGGUCGAAGCGCAUGGCGUAUGUCGAUGUCGUUGCUGCCAUGGACUCGGAAGACUUGGGCCAAAGACAACACGACAACUGGAAACAGUUUUUGAAGCUUAAAAAGCAGGUAAUAGCUACAAGGGACGUUUUGAUGAAGCAUCCUGCCAACCUUUUGGACGUGGAGAAGUUUUUAAAGGAAAUUCAGUUCACUUUGAAAGCACUCCAGCGCGAGGCGGGCGAGUAUCUAUUUAUACUGCGUUCGAAAGCGAACCUAGCGUUUCAAGCUCGCGAGGAGCUCGAAAGAAAAGAACAUGUAGAGCAGGUCGAGAAGGAGAAGAAGGAACAGGAGGAGCGGGAAAGACAAGAGCAGGAAGAACGGUUGAGACAAGAGCAGCUCGAGGAAGAGAAAUUUCAAGACAUGUACGAGUCGCUUGAAGGAGUUUCCGACGAGUCGGACGAGAAGGAUCAGUCAGAGGCUCAGCUGCUACAACACGAACAAUUGCAACGUGCCAAGCUUGAUCAAGAGGAAUUUGAGCAGCGUCAGCAAAUGGCACGCGAGCAAAGCAGAGACGAGGAAAGAUACUCGUCUCAGAAUUAA